AAUGCAAAGAGCCGCAAUCGCUGCAAUUCAGGCCCUUGGUAAUGGAGGCAUUGUCGCAGUAUUCGCUAUGUUGUUCUUCCCGCGUCUUCCACUGAUGGGAAAACAUAUCAGGACACUGUGCGGCGCGGCCGCCGUGUUCACGACGCUGGGUUUCGCGUUAGCAGCAGCAUGCACCAAUGUAAGCCUUUCUAAUGAUUGUUCAGCCAAAACUGACGACGGUCAAAGAUUUGGUUUCUUCUUUUGACACAAGGACUUCUCGUCGGUAUCGGGAAUGGUGUUUUCUUCAACGUUCUGAGCACGAUCCUUCCGGAAUACUUUACAAAUAAAGCGGGUCUAGCACAAGGCUCUACCCUAGCAUGUAUGUCGUCAAGGCCUUUUUGCGGUGCCAGGCAUUGAUGUUCCCUAGGUGGUGGCCUUGGCGGGCUUGCGCUCUCGCUGAGCCUUCCCAAGAUUCUUGACUCCAUGGGAUCCAGGUGGACAUUAGGAUUCAUGUCGAUUCUUAGCGCCUUUUUUCUAGGCGUCUCUAGCUGCCUCGCAGUACCACCUCGCAAAUACCAGAAACGACGCACCCAGCCGGCCGGAUGGGGCGCGUUCAAAAACCCGACCUUUACGCUUCUGUUCAUGGUGAACCUGAUGAACCCCUUGACGGUCGCCAUCCCGACGACUUUUGGACCUGAAUUCAGCGAAGCUCUGGGUUACCAUGUCAACAUGGCUUCGGUGAUAUUGUCACUUGGUAGCAUAACUAGCAUACCAGCGAGGUUGGUAACGGGGUAUGCGGCCGACCGACUCGGGCACAACAACGUAUUUCUGCUGGCAACACUUACGUACGCUAUCAGUACGCUGGCGAUGUGGCUUCCGUCUGCGCAUACCAACAGCAAGGCGGUCUGGAUCGCUUUCAACGUCGUAUACGGUUGCGUGUUCGGCGUGUUCAACACGGUCAUCAACUCGGUGCAGCGAGGACAUUUUGGCGAUGAGCUGUACUACUCGUACAAUGGGGCGCUCGCAUCGAUCCGAGGCGUGGGCUAUCUGAUGGGCGUGCCGAUUGCAGGCUCACUUGUGUCCAGGGUCGAGGACGCGAACCUGCAGGGAACCGAUUUCACGCGGCCCAUCGUCUAUACAGGCACUCUCCUCAUGGUGUCGGUAUUUUGUCAGGCUGGGGUUCGUUGGCUGGACAGUAGGAAGAACGGAUGGAGAUGGCUGGAGUAGGAUCGUUGCAGAGAAGCAGCCGAGAGAGAGAGUGGCAGAAAACCCGCCGUUGAGCAGCACGUGCGGCGGACGGGAAGGAGCGGAUAACCUGGAGAAGGAAAGAACGAACCCUAGAAGUGAUAGAUGGUGAUACCCAUAGAGCGUUGAUUGCGAACUCAUUGGUGGCCUGCCAGAGGAUACUAGUAAUUAUAGAUGGCACCUGGAUCUUUCGCUGGGGCGUGUACACAGCAUAUGCACUUCGCUUGCCCCGGUCGGCUUGUGAUGCUCUGCCGUGCUAGGCGACGUGACUGGGAUUGUAUCUGCAGAGCCAACAUUGCAUGGCAUGCGGUCCCACGACGUCAGAACGUGCCUGGUUACUUCGGCCUCCAACGUGCUUCUCGAGACGUCUUCAACAAGCAAAAAGGAGCGGGGGAGCUGAGAGCAGUGUGACGAGUUGUAUUGACUGCGGGUGAUCAGCGUAGCGAGCGAAUGGG